GGAUCCCUGCUGUAAAACAAUACACUUCUCGAUCAUUUAAGAGACUAUCACUUACAAGAUGAAAUUGAUUGUGUUAUUAAGCACGCUUGUGUUUCUAACAAAUGCUUCCAAGUUUACAAUUCCUUCAUUCAUGGCAAACUGGCACAAAGCGCAUGAACUUUGCUCAUCAACCGGUCAACAGUUGGUUACUAUCGAUUCAACAAAAAAACAAGCUGAAGUGCAUGCAUUUAUAAAAUCAUCGGGCGAAUUUAGACCAAAAUGUAGAUUUUGGAUCGGAGCAAGUGAUUUAGCAACACAGAACACCUACUCGUGGGUACACACAGGCCGUUUAGUAACCUUCACCAAUUGGGCGGAAUCUGAACCCAACAGUAGCGCUGAGAGAUGUGUCGAGCUAAUUCAUGACUACACCUGGACUAACCCGUUCGGGUGGAAUGAUAAUAAUUGUGCAUUUCAGUUUCGAUUCAUUUGUGAAACCGUUUGAAAUGAAUCAUUUAACUAAACGUUUGAAAUGAAUCAUUCGACUAAAGUUUGGAAAGGGAUCAUAAAUGAUGAAAGGAAAACCGAAAAAAUAUGUAGAAGUGUGUGACACGUUGAAUUGAUCUUGAUCCAAAACCAACCAAAAGGAAGAUAAUAAACACUCAUAAUGAAUCAAUC